AUGGAGUGGGAGCGUCUCUGGUUUCUAAUCCUCACCUUCACUUUCUUCCUGACGCUGAUCUGGUUUUAUUUCUGGUGGGAAGUUCAUAAUGACUACAACGAGAUCAACUGGUUUUUGUAUAACCGGAUGGGAUAUUGGAGUGACUGGUCCAUUCCAGUACUUAUAACAACUGCUGCUGGCUUUACUUACGUUACAGCGUUGUUGAUUUUAGCACUAUGUCACAUAGCAGUGGGACAGCAAAUGAACCUACACUGGCUCCACAAGAUUGGACUGAUUGUGACCUUGAUAGCUACCGUUAUAACCAUGUCUUCUAUAGCACAGCUUUGGGAUGACGAAUGGGAGAUGGUAGUUAUUUCAUUGCAAGCCACGGCUCCAUUCCUGCACAUAGGAGCCCUUGCUGCAGUCACAGCCCUGUCCUGGUUGAUAGCGGGGCAGUUUGCAAGAACGGAAAAAGCCACUUCUCAGAUGCUGACAUUCACUGCAUACUUUGCAGUCGUAGUUGCACUUUACCUCGUUCCACUCACUAUCUCUUCCCCUUGUAUAAUGGAGAAGAAGGACUUGGGACCAAAGCCUGCCAUCAUUGGUCAUCGUGGAGCACCAAUGCUGGCACCUGAAAACACUCUGAUGUCCUUCCAAAAGGCAGUGGAGCAGAAAAUAUAUGGCGUGCAAGCUGACGUAGUGAUAAGCUACGACGGAGUGCCAUUCCUUAUGCACGACGAGACGCUCAGGAGAACGACAAAUGUGGAGGAGGUGUUUCCAGAGCUGGCCUAUGAACAGUCAUCCAUGUUCAACUGGACGGACCUGGAGAAGCUGAAUGCUGGCGGGUGGUUCCUAAAGGAUGACCCCUUCUGGACAGCUAGUGCUCUCUCAGCUUCUGAUUACGUGAAAGCUGGGAACCAAUCUGUCUGUAAGCUGGAGGAUAUGUUACAGAUCAUAAAGGACAACACUUCAUUGAUCCUGAACUUCCAGAACCUGCCACCAGAUCAUCCUUACCACAGCACUUAUAUCAACAUCACCCUGGAGACCAUCCUGAUGUCGGGGAUUCAGCAGCAGGCAGUGAUGUGGCUGCCCGAUACGGAGCGGCAGCUGGUGAGGCAGAUUGCGCCUGGUUUCCAGCAGACUUCUGGCAUCAAGGCCGGUGUCAAGCGCUUGAGAGAGAAGGGCAUCAAGAAGCUGAACCUGCGCUACACCAAGGUCACCAGCGAAGACAUCAGGGAAUAUGCCACAGCGAAUUUGAGUACUAAUCUCUACACUGUGAAUGAGCCUUGGCUUUACUCCAUCCUGUGGUGCGCUGGCGUUCAGUCUGUCACAUCUGAUAGCUCGCAUAUCCUCAGCAAGGUGCCUUUUCCCAUCUGGAUACUGCCUCCAGACGAGUACUGUCUAAUCUGGAUAACAUCUGAUAUCAUUUCAUUUACCAUAAUUGUAGGAGUUUUUAUAUUCCAGAACUAUCACAUGAUCAGGUGGCGGCUAGGAAGCAUACGGACCUAUAACCCCGAGCAAAUCAUGCUCAGUGCUGCUGUUCGCAGGUCCAGCCGGGAUGUCAAAAUCAUGAAGGAGAAACUGAUCUUUUCUGAAAUCAACAACAGAGGGGAGAAUACAGACGAGCUGUCGCUGUGCUCUGAAAAUGGCUACUCCAACGAGGUUGUCACCCCCAUGGACCAUCGGGACAUGAAGCUGCGCAUGGACUGAGGAACUGGAAAGGAAACCCAAUGGCGCAACAAUAAACCCUGCCGUUCGUGUUGCAAUGGGUGGCGUUGGCUCUCUUCCGAACCCAAUGGGAUGGGGGGACCCUUCUGGAACUACUGAAUGUGUGGACAUCCUCCCCUUCUCUGGUCACUGGCUCCCCAUGCCUCUUUGGACUGCGUGGUCGGGGGGGAGGGCUUUGUGUACAUAUGUAGAAAGUCCGAUUUUUUUUUUUGUCCUUUUUCUUGUAUUUUUGGAGAUUGUAUGCAUUUCUUUUAGUGCACAAGCGGACAUAACAUGCGCACGAAAAAUAUCGGCAUUGUGGCCAAAGCUGGUGACAAAUUUUGAAGUGACGGCCUGGACGUUGGGGUAGACAGGCGGAGUGUCCCACAACCCCCCUCCCGCUCCCCUCGAUGUGGCGAUUGUGUAGCUGACCUUGUUUAAAAGUGUAUGUCGUGACGUUCUUGUGAAGUGUCCGUUUCUUUUUCUGGGUAAUGCCUUUUUCAGCUGAAUUUAAUAGAAGGCCGGUCAGAGGAGACGGUGCUGCCCCCAGGCAGACUUCAGGGGCAGAGGAAGGCAAUGGCUUAAUUGCUUUCCUGCUUCCCUGGAGCAGUAGGGAGUGCUCGAGGUUAAGCUGCUGAUGGGCUUUCAAGCCAAUGCCACUGUCCUUACCCCGACCUAAACCCAUAAUUGGCAGGAAACCUCCUCCUACUAUGAAGAGCCUGGUGCCAGGCCAUUUUAAGGAGGUGCCACCCGGUGCCAAUGCAACGCCUGCCAGUGUAAACAUAUUAUGCAUUGCCCCGUAAUCUCCUUUCCUGGCACCAGGUAGUAAGGGGCCUCGCUCCUGCCUUUCUCCAUCAGAGGCAAGUUGCUGUAUGGGGGUGAGGAAUUCUGGUUUAUAAAUGGGCAAAUGUGAGGUUGGUCCAAGGGAAUCACUUAUUUAACCAAGGGGAAGGUCUCCUUCUUCUGCAAUAAGUGUUUACAGCUUACAGGUUUAAUUUUCUCCAAAGGAGACCACUGCAGAAACAACCGAAAUGCCCACACAGGAAAACCAAAAUCCUGUGGUAAAAUAAAGGGAAAAAAUGGCCAGGCGUGGUGUGCAUCGAAGAUGCAUUUAUUUUUCUCGUCCAAAUGUAAGUAUUUCUCCCCCACCCCUUCCCUCCUGUUCCUUCUUUUUCCACAUGUCGCAACCGGGCCUUGAUAACAAAUGCGCGUCUGCAUUUUGCCGUUUUUUGGGCUGCAAGAAAUAGUUGGCAGCUCUUCCCCCUCUUGGCCUCAUUGGGAGGAGUCUGGUAGUAGCCUCCCUUGCUUGUGGCUGGUCCCAAAGCCAGAUGAAGCCGGACAGACUCCACCAAUUCUUGGUAGCGUUUGUAACUUCAGGUUUCAUGCACAUUAGCUCCUAAGGGCACCGGCAGGAAACGGGCUCGCCCCUUGCUUUGCUUCUGUGCAUGCCAACAGCCAGAAAUGACACUGCGGGCUGCUCUACAGCAGCUAUGUUGCCUCACUUCCAGGACAUGGUGCAUAUGAACCCAAAGGAUAUGUGCAGGGCCUGGUUCACGGUGAUGCGCCUGGCUGGGCACUCAAAUGAUGCGUAGACAGCCGACCCCUUUGUUUGUUCCCUAUGUCUUGGAUAACGCAAGAAGCAUGGAGGGUAAGAAAUGCCAGUGAUCCCUGGCUGCCUUGCAAGUCCAGCAAACACUGCCGUGAAGACCAUUUGGGUAUGAAAUCUGUCCCCUGGGGAGGGAUCUGAGUCAUGUCUUCAAAGGACAAAGUAGUAUUUCUUCCUACUGUCCUACUUGGCACCACCCUUGUUAAACAGAGCCAUCUGCCAUAGGUGCUGUAGCAUCAUAGGAUGGAGAUCUUUGAAGUGGCUUUACCACAUCAUGAGACCAGCAAGAUCUUUCUUGAAGCUGGUUUUUGCAAUGAUUUUUAAAAUAUAGCGGUUCCCAAACAGCUUUAGACCCCAAAUCCCAACUUGGAGCAUAAGACCCGGGAAACAAACCUGACCAGAAGGUAAAGCUGAUGGUACAACUGAAUGAAGUGGAAGGGGGGAAAAAAAUUAAGAAACUAACACCCAGGGGGUGGAUGGAAAAAUAUCCUUGGAUUUUUUUUUAUAUUUUUUUGGUUUGAAAAUUAAAUGUGCUAUUUGUAACCCUAAGAAUGAAGCCUAUUAUAAUCUGUGUCCUAAGACAACUUUCAAAAAUGCAAGGCCGGGCUCUGGUUGGUGUUUUGCUGCUGUGAUAGUUUUACUUUGGAUUUAAAGCCAUUGGAAUUUAAUCUGGGUUUCUCCCAGUGUAGAUGGGGAUCAGUGCGUGACCUAGAGUCAGUGCAUUGCCCCUGCUGCGCUGUCUUUUAUUCGGUGCUCUCUCCUGCUGAUGAAAUCAGAUAGUUUUUUUGCAGACUGGGGGG